AUGGAGAUGUCUCUGCCGAACGGCGUGGACGUGUCGCAGCUGGUGCAGCACCCGGUGCUCGCGGCGUUGCCGCCCUUCUUCCUCAGGGCCUCGGAGAGAUAUCAGCGUACGCCGAAGUGCGCCCGGUGCCGCAACCACGGCGUGGUGUCCGCCCUGAAGGGCCACAAGCGCUACUGCCGGUGGCGGGACUGCGUCUGCGCCAAGUGCACCCUCAUUGCGGAGCGGCAGCGGGUCAUGGCGGCGCAGGUCGCGUUGCGUCGGCAACAGGCCCAGGAGGAGAACGAGGCUCGGGAGCUGAACCUGCUGUACGGGGGCCAGCCCUCAGCCGUGCCUCACCACUACCCGGAGCUGCCAGACGACGCGCCAGGUUGGUACUCCAUCCCCAAACACGCGCUACCUCAUGAAGGUUGCAAGAUAAUACGAGACAAUGGCGCCAGCGGAGAGGAGCCUACGAGAAGGCCAAUUAAGGCCACAAAAGUGCAGUGUUGCCACUCGUCGCCUCCUGCCCCGCCGCCCAACGCCCGAACAAACCACCCGGAUUUCGGACCCGGAGGAACUUUAGCAAUCCGCGAUCCCUUCAAUCCAAAUAAGCUGCGACAGCUAGGCGCGAUGAGAGUUUCGGUACGAACAAAACGCCGCUUAUUACGGCGGAGGCACAAAGGGGUAAGAAAUAGUAGCGCACAGGCGCUGGUGGAGAGCACCUACCUAGAGGCGCAGUCGCCGCCAAAGCGCCUCGGAGCCGCCUCGGAGCCGCCUCGGAGUCGCCUCGGAGCCGCACCACGCGGCAACGACACGACCGCG